AUGUUUGAGAGGAGGAACAGGCUUAAUGGCUUCUUUUCGCUAGGUUGUCACACAUGUGGGACUAUUUUGGUACCAGAAUUGACCAGCAAACACGUCUGUAAACCAUUUCCUGGGUUCUGGGAGGUAUUUACUUUGGGCACCACUGCCAAGGAGUAUUCUGAUCUGGACAACACUAUUUCUCGGAAAAUGGAGAUCAUCAAUGGUACAACUUCUGUGUGCAUUCUCUGUCAACAAAAGUUUGAUACCUCCUUUGCUGAGGUAGCUCAAAUCUGUUCAGUGAAAUGUGUGACAGUGCUGUGCAGAGGUAGCUCAAAUCUCUUCACUCAAAUCUGUGAUAGUGCUGUGCAGAGGUAGCUCAUGUUCAGUUGCCAACAAACUUUGCUGUCUCCAAAGAGGGUUGUUUCACUAAAGAUUUAAGAUUGUUCAACUAUGGAUAUGGAUACAAUACAG